CCAAGUCAUACAAAGUUACAGACACCCAAUCAGCGUCUAUAUAUACACAUGCAGCUGGAUUGCAACUCUUCGUACAUUACCGUUCACACCGUUCACAACUUCCUGAUUCUCAUUCGUGAAAAGGUUUGAGUUUGCCAAAGUUUUCUGGUUUUUUUAUUUUUGUUUCUUUUCUGUGAGUAGCAGUACCGAAUUAAUGGAGAACGAGAGAAACAAUCGGGGAGGCACCAGGUCGUGUUACAGGGGUGUGAGGAAGAGGAAAUGGGGGAAGUGGGUGUCCGAGGUCCGCGAGCCCGGGACCAAGGCGAGGAUCUGGCUCGGGAGCUUUGAGACGCCCGAGAUGGCCGCCGCCGCGUACGACGUGGCGGCAUUGCACUUCAGGGGCCACGGCGCCCGGCUCAACUUCCCAGAGCUGAUGGACAGCCUCCCUCGCCCGGCGGGCUCGAGCGCCGAGGAAGUGCGUGCGGCCGCUCACGAGGCGGCAGAGCGGCUGAGGGUGAUGGCUCCUGCUGCAGCGGCGGAAUCUGUGGACAUUGACGGCAGCUCAGCUGGCUUUAAUCCUCCUCCGGUCACCGUGAGGCUCUCGCCGACCCAGAUCGAAGCGAUCAACGAGUCGACCUUGGAUUCGCCGAAGAUGUGGAUGCAAAUGGGGGAGGAUCUCCUGGCGCCCGAAUGCUCUAACAACGAUGUCGAAGAGGAGGACGACUUCGAAGAUUCUCUGUGGAAUCUCUAACAUGCUAUUGUUUUCACCACUAAUAAAUUUCUAUCACAAUUCUAGUACAUACUUCGUACAGACAUGAAUCUAGUAUACUUCUGCAUGCAUGCAUGAGAAAAAAUACUUCCAAAGCUUUACUUCCUAGUUCCUACGUACUUUGACCUAAUCCUCAGGUUACCCAAAAA